UUCAGCAGAAAUGGCAGAAGCAAUAAUCCUUGCUCUGAGAAAGAUUGGUAGCGCUUUAGCAGAUGAAACUGCCAAGAAAAUGCUGGCCAAAUUGUCUGAAAAGGUUAACAAUCUGAGGGAUCUGAAUGAUAAGAUCGAGUCAAUAAGAAUGCAACUGACAGCCAUGAACAAUGUUAUAUGUAAGAUUGGCACAAUAUACCUCACUGAUGAAGUCGUCAGGGGAUGGAUUGGGGAAGUGCGCAAGGUGGCCUACCAUGUUGAGGAUGUAAUGGACAUGUACUCCUAUCACACACUUCAAAUGGAGGAAGAAUGGUUCCUGAAGAAGUACUUCAUUAAAGCGUCACAUUAUGUCUUGGUUUUUAGUCAAAUAGCAGAAGAAGUUAUCAAGGUUGAGAAGGAGAUCAAGAAAGUUGUAGAACUCAAAAAUCUGUGUUCAAGACAGCGUUCGCACGAUAACUACCCACUACUUUUUAAAGAUGAAGAUCUUGUGGGGAUUGAAGAUAACAGGAGAAGGCUCACCGAAUGGCUAUAUUCUGAUGAGCUUGACAGCACAGUGAUAACAGUAUCAGGCAUGGGUGGACUUGGAAAAACUACCCUUGUAACAAAUGUUUACGAGCGUGAAAAAACCAAUUUUUCUGCUACAACAUGGAUGGUCGUGUCCCAGACCUACACUAUAGAAGCCCUGCUUAGGAAGUUACUCAUGAAGGUUGGUCGUGAAGAGCAGGUGUCACCUAACAUUGACAAAUUGGAUGUCCAUGAUUUGAAAGAAAACAUAAAGCAAAAGCUCGAUAAUCGCAAAUGUUUGAUUGUAUUGGACGAUGUAUGGGACCAGGAAGUGUACCUUCAAAUGUCUGAUGCAUUCCAAAAUCUUGCAAUGACAAGCUGCUGGAGAUAG